AUGGAGUCAAAAAGAGCGUUAUUACAGGAGGCAAAUACUAUAGAAGAUGCAAUAACUAAAAGGCUACUCAGGUACAACAACAUCCUAAACAAGUGCACAAAGGUACACUUGACUCCACAGCCUAUGGACUUUUCCGCCUUCGAUGAAGCUAUCACGAAGAUUCCCCAGCUGUCUGACAUAGCGCCUGACCAGAGACGCCCUUAUAUGAUGUUUCGUGGUGCUUUGGGAAAGCAGCCGAGAAAAAAUGUGCUUUGCCAGGAGGCAGACCACAUUAAACCUGUGGAAAUAGAUUUACGUCCCUUCCACCAAUGGUACAUCCAAAUCACAGGUGACAACAUAGCUUACAGAGACUUUCUAGGCAAAAUGGCAAUCACUGACAACGCCAUGGUGGAAAAAUUGCGCGAUCACGCAUAUACUCAGAGUUUGACUACUCACCUCCUUUCCAUUUAUGCCCUUUUGAAACCUUUGGAGAAACUACCUAUUCGAUAUUGUUGCGGCCGCUCCUUCACCAAUGAAAAUGUGUUCAAAGCUCAUCUUGGAGGAAAAAAGCACAAACGUGGCAAUUCUCAGCAGGCAAAGCCUGUUGCUAAUUGGGACGUAAUUGAUUGUGCACUCACCCUGGCCGAGUAUAACUCGGAUGACUCUAGCAAGUCAGAGUCAGAGUCAGAACCAGAGUUAGAUCCAAGUAUGCCCCGCUGGCUAUACAAGCUACAGGGACUUCACAAGUCAUACCAGUGCGAGAUAUGUGGCAACACCACGUAUACUGGAUCAAAGGCAUUUUCUGCCCACUUUGCUGGUGCUCGCCACUUGCAAGGUUUGCAUGCUCUCGGUGUCUCAGACACACGCAAGUUUAACGGUAUCACAGCCAUAGCUGACGUACAGCAGCUCAAUGCAUCUAUCACUUCAAUGAAUAAACUGCACUAUAUAGAAGUAGAGGAUGAACAUGGGCAUGUCUUGGCGGAAGCAGACUACAUAGAAUUGAAAAAACAAGGCCUUUGA